UCCAUUUCUCGUCAACUGUUGCCGGAGUACCGAGUGACGCCGAGCUGCGACCGCAAAAUGACUGCUCUCGUUGGGGCCUUUUCCAUCAUCCUCGCCAUCUUUCUCUCCCUCCCCGCCGGAUCCUCCUCUCACGAUCUUCAGAUCGUGAAUGCCGAGCGCAGGAUCGAUGUAAGCUCCCAUAUUGUGAAGACCUUCUUAACUCUCAAGGUAGAAAAUACUGGGAAAAACUCUGUUCCAAACAUGCUUCUUGCUUUCCCACCUACCCAAAUCACCCAUUUAGCGACGGUCCAAGCGAUGGCAACUGUGGGAAAGAAGAAGAAGAAACCGACCUACUUGCCACUCGAUGUGAAGCCAACAGAUCAGCCUGAUGCACCGAGCGACACGGGCUAUUUCAGUAUUUUAUUUGCUAAACCGUUAGGUCCAGGUGAAACUCUAUCACUUGAAGUGCUCUAUAUAUUGACUCAUUCCUUGGAACCUUUCCCAGCUGAGAUCAGCGAAUCAGAACCUCAGUUGGUAUACUAUCAUGAUAGUGCGGUUAUUUUAUCGCCAUAUCAUAUCAAGCAACAAACAACAUUUAUUAAGAUGCCUAGUGUUAAAGUGGAAUCUUUCACAAGCGUGGAGCCUGCAAACCGAGCUGGUAAAGAGAUAAAGUAUGGACCAUAUGAGAAUCGCCCUCCAUACUCAUAUGCUCCAAUUAUCAUUCACUUUGAGAAUAGUAGUCCAUUUGCUGUUGUUGAGGAGCUUGUGCGUGAAAUUGAGAUAUCACAUUGGGGUAGCCUUCAAAUAACGGAGAGUUACAGGUUGGCUCAUGGUGGAGCUCGGCAUAAGGGAGUCUUCUCCAGGGUUGAAUAUCAGUCUAGACAUUCUUUGAGUGGUGCGUCGUCUUUCAAAAAUCUCCUGGCUGUACUGCCUCCCAGAGUUGAUUCUGUCUACUACAGGGAUGAAAUAGGAAACAUCUCGUCUUCACGUUUACGUACUGGCUUCCGAAAGUCAGAACUUGAAAUUGAGCCACGAUAUCCAUUACUUGGAGGAUGGAGAGCAACUUUUGUCAUCGGUUAUAGAGUACCACUGGAGGAUUUUCUCUUUGAAUCACCUGACGGCAGGCGCUAUUUGAACUUCACUUUUGGGUGCCCGCUAGUGGAAACUGUCGUAGACAAAUUGACAGUCAAAGUCGUGUUGCCUGAAGGAUCACGAGACCCUUCCGCUGUUGUCCCCUUUCCAGUCGGCCAAGACCUUGAGGUAAAAUAUUCUUACCUCGACGUCGUGGGAAGAACUGUGCUGGUUUUGAAAAAGAAUAAUACGGUUCCUACUCACAAUGUUCCCUUUCAGGUUUACUACACUUUCAAACCGAUAUUUAUGCUUGCGGAGCCAUUCAUGCUGGUAUCAGCUUUCUUCUUGUUCUUUGUGGCAUCUCUUGCUUACAUACACAUCGAUCUCACGAUAGGUGGAAAGUAGAAGAAGCCCUCAAAAGAGGUACACUUUUCGAAUCUAGUUCACAGCAGUUUCAUGAGUGGGGCUCGAGUUAUCGGAUGACUGUCACUACAUACAUCUCUAGACGCAUUGCGAGUUCGUUACACCAUCCGAUACAGCGGUCUUGACUCGGUAAUUCUCUAUUCUUGCGUGUUUUAUAUGGCUGUAGUCUUAUUAGAGCUUUCUUUGGUUGUGAACUUGUUUCCACUUUUUUGCUCAAAACACCGCUUUGUUAGGGAAAAACACCGCUUAUUCACAAGAAAAACAGGGGUGAGUCAAAUACUUCUUAGUAUAUGUGAAAGAAAGACAAUACAAGAAUGAGUAUCUUUCAGUGGGAGUGGUCAA